AUGUACCUGACAGUUGCCGUGGUAUCUCAGAUGGAUGCUUCCACUCUCCUCGAAUCAUCAGGAGAGGCAGUAAUGACUGAAGCCCCCAGAAGGUCUGCAGAACUGGAUCUUGAACCUUUGGCCCUGUUCAUCCAGAGUAUUGCCUCAGAGCAAAGUCAACGGCAGCUGUGCAACUAUUUUUUCAUGUGUAAUGGAAGUGCCAAUUCACUGGAGAUGUACAAAAUGGACCUCCCUCAGAUUCGAAAGAAGGAUAAGUGCUUCCAGAGAACUUUUCAGAAGAAAAAAUGUUUGUCCAAGAUCAUCAAGGGAUUUCAGGAAUACAGAAAAUACCUGCUGUUUGUGAGUCAGUGGAUCAAGGAUGAUAAUCGACAGGUCGAUGCAAUGUUGAGCAGCACAAAGAUUUUGGUUAACUUACUCCCAGUAGAGAGCAGGAUCCGGGAACGUAUUGCUCAGUUGGACAAAAGCAAUGGAGCUGCUUUCCAAAUGGAACAAUCCUCUAACAGAGAUUGGGAUAAGCAAGUGGCAAUUCAUGUUAUUCUUCGAAACUUUGCUCUAUUUAUGGAGAGUACUAUUCGAGUUAUUCGAUUCAUUAAGUGA